GUGCAAAGAACUGAAAUCGACUGAAGAGCCAGAGCGCAGUAAGGUCUCAUUCAACGGCAGCGGGGACGACUAGAGAGAAUGUGAAUUUAUUAUUCAGGUGUAUAGCUGAAGAAUAGUAGACUGUUACAGUGAUGGAUGUGAGAGAUGCUGCGGGAAGGUGGGAUGCUCUGGCCAGUCGAGAUUCGAGCUCCAGACACGCAGCGAUGGAGCUCAUUCACCAGGAGGUGAUGAAGAGAAUAGAGACCCUGGGGCCGAUACCGGACCCGCAGUCCUCUUCUCCCCCAGCCAUGGAUGACGGUCUGUCCAGUGAUCUCAACACUUUCCUGGCUCACGUCCUGAUGCUCUCCAAACGGUGUCCUUAUGAAGACGUCAGGGAGAAAUGCAUAUGUUUGCUCCAGAAGGUUCAGGACGUUGGAGUGCGAAUCCCUAGACCGAUGGGAAAUGGACCAAGUAGAUUCAUACCAGAAAAAGAGAUACUUCAAGUCAGUAAAUUGGAUGAAAGAAUACAGUCGAUUUUUGAAGACGCCUUUGCGGUGCUCGGUCGCCUUGACAACAUCUCCUUAGUGAUGGGGUUCCAUCCUCAAUAUCUGGAGAGCUUUCUUAAGACACAGCAUUACCUGCUUCAAAUGGACGGUCCGUUGUCUCUGCACUGCAGACAUUACAUAGGGAUAAUGGCUGCCGCCAGGCACCAGUGCACAUAUCUGGUCAACCUGCACGUGAAUGACUUCCUGCAAGUCGGAGGUGAUCCCAAGUGGUUGAAUGGUCUGGAAGAAGCCCCACGGAAGCUGCAGGCUCUUGGGGAGCUCAAUAAGAUCCUGGCCCAUCGCCCCUGGCUGCUCACCAAAGAACACAUCGAGCGUCUACUGAAGGCAGAGGAGCACAGCUGGUCCCUGGCGGAGCUGAUCCACGUUGUGGUGCUACUCACACUCUAUCACUCUCUGGCCUCCUUUACAUUUGGUUGCGGCAUCAACCCUGACAUCCAUACAGAUGGAGGACACACGUUCAGGCCGCCCUCGCUCAGCGGUUACUGCGUUUGUGACAUUGCCAAUGGCAAUGGUGUCCUGGAGGAGAUGUUUGGAAACCAGCAGGUGUCAGAGUUGUCUGGUGAGGUGGAAGUGCUGAUGGAGAAGAUGAAACAGCUCCAGGAAUGUCAUGACGAAGAGGAAGCCAGUCAGGAGGAAAUGGCCACCCGUUUUGAGAGGGAGAAAACGGAAAGCAUGUUGGUGGUCACCUCUGAGGAUGAAGAGUGUGUACCAUCCAGAGAUGUUUCAAGACAUUUCGAAGAUCCUAGUUAUGGCUACAAGGACUUUUACAGAAGAGGAGAACAUGUACCCACCCUCAGAGUGCAGGACUAUAGUUGGGAAGAUCAUGGAUUUUCUUUAGUAAACCGCUUAUAUCCGGAUUUCGGACAGCUUCUGGAUGAAAAGUUCCAGAUCGCAUACAAUCUGACGUACCACACAAUGGCGACACACCAGGGUGUGGACACUUCCAUGCUUCGUAGGGCCAUCUGGAACUACAUACACUGCAUGUUUGGGAUUCGGUACGACGAUUAUGACUACGGAGAAAUUAACCAACUGUUAGACCGCAGUUUUAAAGUCUACAUCAAAACUAUGGUCCGCACUCCAGAGAAGAUCACCAAGAGGAUGUACGACAGCUUCUGGAGGCAGUUCAAGCACUCUGAAAAAGUCCACGUUAAUUUGCUUCUUAUGGAAGCGCGUAUGCAGGCAGAACUGCUCUACGCUCUGAGAGCUAUCACUCGCUACAUGACAUGAAGUGCUGUUCUUGUCUUUUUAUUUGACUUUUUUUUACCUGUUGUUGACGUUGGACAAAAGAAAAACGUAAAAACGACAAAAAAUGGAAAAAACAAAACUGAGGAAGAAGAAGAAAGGGCGGCGGCGGAGGACGAUGACAAGCUUGUUUUGUUAAAAGAAGGAAAGGAAAGAAAAGAAAAAAAAAAACAA